AUGGCAGACUACGUUCCAGCCUGGCAGACCGAUGAGCUGCUGGAGGAAUGGGUAGAGACAUCGCCUUCACCACCAGGCAGCCCGCGCAACGAAAACUCGCCAUCCCCAGCCCGCCAGGACGCCAUCGGAUCCAUCAACGCAAAGCGAGGCUCUCUCCGGUCAUUAGGCACAGGGAGCGCGGCUCGAGCCCUCCCCCCAAGCCGCAAGUCGAGCCUCAACAAUGCGCCAGAGUUUCAGCGCUCGCCUUCCAACCCUUUCAUUCGCAAGGCGUCGGGCAUGCCCAGCCCGCCCACGUCAGCCAGCGGGACCUCGGCUUCCGGCGCCAGCGAGGACGGCGAGCAUGAGGAGAACAAGCCGCAGUCACCCCCGGCGGCUGGGACCUUCCUGGUAAAAGAGGGCGAGGAGAUUCAUGGCCAUGCCUUCCCCAAGAACCCCUUCGGCGCCGGGAGGGACAUGUUCGCCGCCUUGCCCCUGGAAAGAAUGUUUGAGCCGCCCUCCCCUCCUGUCGCUGGUUUGUCUGCGUCGCCUCCACCGAUGUCCGAGCCGGCACAGUCCCCGCCCCCUCAGUCCGUUGAGGCGAGUCCAUCGCCCCCGCCGGCCACGCCAGGGUCGUCAUACACUGGAGCGUACUCCAGCAACUCGAAGAGCACGUCGCCGAAGGAGCCUCCGCCCGAAUCCAUCCAGAGACGCAUCUCGCACCAGUACGCGCCUGUUAACCCAUCGCGGUUGAGCAAGUCGAUCACUCCGUCGGAUAACUCGUUUGCAACGACAGCCGAUUCGUCAAGAGCUCCGACCCCUCCGACGCCGGCAUUGCCAGAUGACGAGGAGGACGGGGAGGCAGACUUGGACCUCACCGGCGUGUACGAGAGCCCGGGCGUAUCGGCGCACCUGUACACCGGUCACAGCGGUCUUCCCAACCCGCGCGAUCUUGAUGACGAGUUCUCAAGCCCCGAGAGGAGUGAGAGACUCCAGUUCUACAACAGACAUGACGUUUCGAGAUCACCCAGCAAGGAGAUUGACUCGAUGCUCAACACGACCCAGGAUGCGUCGAGCGCUGGCCCGUCGUCCAUGCGCGAGCUCCCCUCACCCGAUCGCGACUCUCUCUCACCGAUCGCCAGCCGCGACUACCAGUUCACGUUUGAGGCGUCUGUCCCGGACAGCCCUGGUGAGCUGUCAGACCCACACUUUGACCCGUCGUCGGACCAGUUGCCGAACGGCGACCCCUCGCACUCGACAUUACGCCACCGAGCGGCGUCAGCCAACGUCGGCCUGCGUUUGUUCCAUCACACGUACGACACGUACACUCGCGACCACCUGUCCGCCCUCGUCGACAGCAUUGCUGGCAAGGGGUCGCUGUCGCCCGAGGCCCCUGAUGUUCGAGGACUUCGCGACUGGUCACCAGCGGCUACAAACUCUGCUGGAUCGCCAGACUCGCGGGGAUUCUCUGCCACGCCAAGCUCGUCGUCCUCGGAUGGCCGAUCGUCCAAGCGCUUGCGGAUGUCCCCGCCGUCCCCUGGUGGCCCACCACCUUCGCGAGACUGGCAUGCCCAAGGUCGACUCCUCAUGGACCGCUUACGCAUCCACGAUGACGAUCUGAGUGCAACGAGCGACAGUGUGGACAGCAGGUCGCUUGACAGUCGAAGUCAGACACGCACUGCCAGCCGAAGCCGCACCUUUUCUGGCAGCGAGGGAGCUACGCACUAUGAUAACGGGCCUACGUUUGACUACAGUGAUGUGCCUCCCACUCCCCCUGUUGCACCUGGCAGCAACCGAGAGGAUGCCGACCUUCCACCGUACCACCGCUCGAACCCUUCCACAGCGUCAUCGGCAUACCUCGACCGUGCGAACCAGAUGCUGGACAAGAUGAAGGAACGCAAGGUCUCGCCCUCAACGUCCACAGCUGAUGAGAGCGACCGCAACCGACACCGAGUCCUCUCAGAGUCCAGUGACCAACGUGCUUCGUACCCGAGCUCGCUGAGUUCGGCGAAUGAGGACCUUCCGUUGCCAUUGUCCAAGAGGAAGAUCGCGGUGCGCCAGCUCUCCAGCGAAAGCCCGAGCUGGGACGAAAACUCCUCGUCACAGCAGUCGAGCGCCUCGCCCGAGCAGCGCCCCGCGAGACCACCUGGUGUCGUUGACCUUGGCAACAAUCCCAGCCGCGAGGACCUCAACCGCUUCAUCUCGUCUUCGACAGUGGCUACCGCCACAACCAUGUCAACUUCGUUUGUCAAACACUCAGGCCCGCGCGACCCCACAAGAUCUGGUGUCACCGUCAUCCGUCCUGGAGAUGUUGCGAACCUUGUUCCAAGCCGCAUCGGCAAGAUGAGGCUUGACCCGUCGACUAUGCGCUGGGUUAGGGCUGCGCGCGAUGGCUCGCUCACUCGCGUCGACGAGGCUGGAGAGAGUCGAGCGGCAGGCAGUGACGAAAGCGCCGACCCAUUCGCUGGAUUUGACAGCUCUGGGGAGCAGGACCAGUCGCACCCCGAGAUCCUCGUCGAGAUCGUCCAGCCUGUUGAGGUUGGCAGCAGCGAGACGUCAGACUCGGAAGGAGGCAACUCUCUGAAUGACAGAGCGGAGGACGUUACCCCUCCCGUGGCUGAGCGACCACCUCUCACACAUUCCACCUCGGCCCCGCCCAUCUUAUCGACUCCUACACCAGCUACUCCCGGGGCCCAGGCAGGCUUGGCACCGACAAACCCUCUGAGGUCUGCCCUCCGGAAUGCCAACUCGACCCCCAGCUCAGCAGUCAAGAAGCAAUUGGACUGGCAUCCCGAAUUAACGCCCAGGCCGGCGCGUGGUGAUUCGGCCGUGCCGAGUAGCUCGUCCUUCAAGCGAAGUGUUAGCUUCUCGGACGGGCACAUUGUCAGAACGGUGGAGGUUGAAAGCGUUAGCAUCCGGCGACACCAGCGCCAGCCAUCGCACGACGACGACCUGUUCUCGGACGGCGGCGAGGCGACCGCUGGGACCAGCUGGCAGCCGAGCACGCGUACGCGCAGGAUUCAGCAUGCGUUAGAUGAUCUCGCCGACCUCACCCUCGAGGACAUCUCUCCCUCAAAGCCGGCCCGUGACCUCGCUGUCGACCGCGUGCCAAUUCGACACGUCGAAGACGACGAAGAGGAGGAGGAGCAGAGCGAUGAGACUAUCCAAGCCCCAGCGAGGUUCUCUCGCUCGAGGAGCUCGUUCCGCAGCCGAGCAGGGGCCAACGCCACAUUCCUCACGGAGUGCUCGUUUGGUGUGGCGCACGACCGCCUCGUGCAGCUCAUCACCGAUGUGCAGCCAUUUGAGCCGUACUGGGAGCAGCUCCGCUCGAUCGACCUCUCUCACAAGGGUGUCGAGAGCUUAGCGCGACUCAAGGAGUUCUUGCCCGCGCUUGAUGAGGCUAAGCUGAACGACAAUGCUAUCGACUACCUCAGUGGCAUCCCUUCCACUGUUCGCACUCUGCACGUUGCAGGCAACCGCCUGUCGAGCCUCACCUCUGUCAACCACCUGCGCAACCUCCAGUACCUCGACAUCUCGCGGAACCAGCUCGACAGCGUCUCGCAGCUCGAAUGUCUUGUGCACCUGCGCGAGCUCAAGGCUGACGAUAACGCGAUCACUGACAUUUCGGGCAUCAUGAACAUGGACUGCCUCGUCAAGCUAAGUGUGUCGGGCAACAAGAUCGAGAAGGUCGAUUUUGAGCGUGCUCGAUGGGAGAAGCUCGAGACGAUCAACCUGUCGAACAACCGCAUCCGCAGCAUCAAGGACCUGCACAGGUUGAAGUCUGUCAACAGCAUCAACCUCGACAAGAACCACCUCACCGAACUUGAGCCCCGCACGGCCAUGACGUCGGUCCGCACUCUGCGGUUCAGUGACAACAAGAUUUCCGAGCUCGACCUGUCACUGUUCCCCAAGGUGCGAACCUUGUUCGCGGACGGCAACGCACUGCCUAGCCUCUCGCGCUCGCGCAGCGGUGGAAACCGUAUCGAAAACCUGAGUCUGCGUAACCAGCGUGUACAGAGAUUCGUCCUCACAUCUGAGGACUUGCAGUGCGUCAAGCGCCUGUAUAUCUCGGGCAACCGCGUCGACCCAGACUUCCUGCCAUCUAUACCGGUCUAUUCCCUCGUUUACCUCGAGGCUGCCGCGUGCAACCUCACUUCGUGGCCCAGUAGCUUGGCGGAUCGUUUGCCCAACCUUCGGAUCCUCAACGUCAACUACAACUUCCUGCCGGACCUCGACGCCUUGCGCGGCUUGGCGCGGAUCCGCAAGAUCAUGGCGGUCGGCAACCGGCUGGGUGGUGGGGCCAAGGGCGCUGUCCGUGGGCUCAAGGGCCUCACGACGCUGGAGGAGGUUGACUUGCGGAUGAACCCGUCGACAUUAUCCUUCUACCUGCCAAUCUUACUCCCCAAGGCGGCAGCUCCUUCUGUGGGCCAAGCAGGAGCAGAGGCCUCGGCACCCGACUCGACGUGGCCCGCCCUCGAUGCCCAGUUCCGCCGCCAGCUCCCCGACGAGUGGUACUCGAAGCGCCUGAUGUACCGCGGCAUGGUCAUGGCCGUGUGCCCCGACUUGCGGACUCUGGACGGGGUCGUGAUCGAGGAGGGCGAAAAGAAGAAGGCCGCCAUGCUCAUCGAGUAUAUGCGCGAGGCCAGAGGCAACGGGAGAAGCUCUGGAUGA